CUCUCAUCAUCUAAAAUCUCAUCGAUAUUAUUGAUUCCUUUUAAUCACAAAGUAGUCUGAUUUUGUGCUACAAAUUAUUAUGGCCCUAUAUCCCUCUUUGAGAAGCCUCAUUGCUUCUCUCUGCUUUUGUUUUCUUGCUUUUUCUCUCUCAGCUUUUGGACGACCAGCCACUUUUCUGCAAGACUUCCAAGUCACAUGGUCUGAUUCUCACAUCAGGCAGAUCGAUGGAGGGAGGGCCAUCCAACUCAUUCUUGACCAAAAUUCUGGAUGUGGGUUUGCCUCCAAACGCAAGUACUUGUUUGGGCGUGUGAGCAUGAAGAUCAAGCUCAUCCCUGGAGAUUCUGCUGGAACUGUCACUGCUUUCUAUAUGAACUCAAACACAGACGCAGUGCGUGAUGAGGUAGACUUUGAGUUCUUGGGGAACCGGACUGGGCAGCCUUAUACAGUCCAAACCAAUAUAUAUGCUCAUGGGAAGGGUAAUAGAGAGCAAAGGGUCAACCUCUGGUUUGACCCUGCUGCAGAUUUCCACACUUACACAAUACUCUGGAACCAUCACCAUAUUGUUUUCUAUGUGGAUGAUGUGCCUAUAAGGGUGUACAAGAACAAUGAAGCCAGAGGAGUUCCAUACCCCAAGCUCCAACCCAUGGGGGUCUUUUCAACAUUGUGGGAAGCUGAUGAUUGGGCUACAAGAGGAGGGCUUGAGAAGAUAAACUGGAGCAAAGCUCCUUUCUUUUCUUACUACAAGGAUUUUGAUAUUGAGGGGUGCUCUGUGCCAGGACCAGCCAACUGUGCCUCAAGCGCCACUAACUGGUGGGAAGGGACUGCCUACCAAGCACUCAAUGCCCUUGAAUAUAGAAGAUACAGGUGGGUUCGUAUCAACCACAUGAUCUACGAUUACUGCACCGAUAAAUCCCGGUACCCGGUAGCCCCACCGGAGUGUCUCGCGGGCUUCUAAAUCAGACCCAAUUAUACCGAACAAUCCAUGUCGGUGGUACGUACAUUUAUGUGUUAGGGAAUAUGGAAAAAUCUUUUGUGUGUAUGUAUAUGUGGAUGAAGUCUUAAGUCUUUUAGAAGUGAGCAAAUGUCAAUUUCUACUUGUGGUUGUAUGUGUCUGUACCCAGCUCGCAUUAUUGUACCAAUAAGGCUCCUGCGUUAUUCUGAAAAGGAUAUGUCUUUUAAAUCUAUUAUCAGUUUUCAAAUGUGAAUAAAAAAUCUGUGCUUAUUUUCAA